AUGGUGAUUGAACUGUACGCCGAACCCGCCGUGAGAAACCAGCUCUACCUCACCGGCGGCAACCCUUUCAACUUUGAUCUCAUUGACCUCUCGCCAAACGCCACGGGAACUGAGAUCAGAGACAGGGUCAAGAGAGAGUACCUUAAUCUGCCCCCUGGCAAGUGGCCCAACUUCGUGCUGGGAAACCACGACAGACGUCGUGUGAGCCACAAGUUUGGACCCCAGUACGUAGAUGUCUACAACAUGCUGCUGCUGACGCUAUUUGGAACGCCCACCACCUACUAUGGGGAGGAGAUAGGGAUGCUCGAGGGGAUCAUUACCUGGAAUAACACAGUGGAUCCCUGGGGUAUCAACUAUGGAGAAAAAGAUUUCCUAGCGUUUACCAGAGACCCAGAAAGGACUCCCAUGCAAUGGACUGGAGGCUAUCAAGCUGGGUUUACCACAGGGGGCGCCACCUGGUUGCCUCUGGGAGAGAACUAUACCACUGUUAAUGUUGAGACACAGACAAACAGCGUCAACAUGUCAACCAUAAAGCUGUAUCGCAAGCUGGCCAUGCUCAGAAAGGCCCCUGUUUUCCAAACAGGCAAUUUAAAGGCUGUAUCCACAUUUGUACUGGUCCACCCCUGUCUCUGUUCCCCGGAAUUAUGCUGUAUCCACAUUUGUGCUAGUCCACCCCUGUCUCUGUUCCCCAUAAUUAUGCUGUAUCCACAUUUGUGCUAG